UGGCGUGCAAAAUGUCGAAGGGAUCUGAUGGCUUGAGGCUUGUUCUAGUUGGGAAGACAGGUGCAGGGAAGAGUUCAGCAGGAAACACCAUCUUGGGCAGAGAGGCUUUUGUGGCUGAACUGUCCUCCGUUUCUGUGACAUCUGAAUGCAAGAAAGCAUGGGGAGAGGUUGGAGGGAGGAAGGUUGCAGUCGUCGACACUCCAGGGCUGUUUGAUACACGUUUAAACAAUGAAGAAGUCUUUAAAAGGAUCAAGAUGUGUAUCGGUAUGUCCUCUCCUGGUCCUCAUGCCUUCCUGGUGAUUAUUCAGAUCGGCAGAUUCACAGAGGAAGAGAAACAAACUGUGAAAAUGAUUCAAGACACAUUUGGUAAAGAUGCAGACAAAUACACAAUGGUGCUGUUUACCCAUGGAGACAAGCUGAAGAAACAAACCAUUGAAGAGUUCGUUUCAAAGAGCAAAGACCUGCAAGAAAUCAUUCAGAAAUGUCAUGGCCGUUAUCACGUCUUCAACAACGAGGUGGAAAACCCGUGUCAAGUCACUCAGCUUCUGAUGAAGAUAGACUUAUUGAUCAAGGAUAAUGGCGGGUCGUACUACACCACAGAGAUGUUCAUAAAAGCAGAGGAAGAAAUAGAGAGGAAGAAACAACAACUCCUGCAAGAAUCUGAGGCAAAGAGGAAGAAAGAGAUAGAGGAACUGCAAGCCAGAUACUCCGGGGAGGUGUUGGAACUGCAAAAAGAAAUAACUAACUUAAAACAUGUGGCUGAAGCAAGAGCUAACGCUGAACGUCAAUGUUAA